GUGAACAACAAGUGAGCUAUUGAGUGAUAGAAAGGUUAUAGAUUGUGAAUUUUAAAAUUCAUUCAGGUUGCAUAGUGACAGCAGAGUCUGGAGAAAAGAUCAUAUCAUAUGAUUGGAGUUUCAAUAGUUUAGAACAAAUUCAUAUUCUAACUUAUUAGUUCUUGAAUACCAAGAAAUGAAAUAUAAGAAAAUAUUUUCACGAAAAAGCAAUUAAGUGAACACUGAAAAAAAACAAUACGAGUGUGUAUGAUAUUUAUGGCAUGCUUUUUGCCUUUCUCCUAGAAAGGUAUAGCAAUCACUGGAAAAACCAAAGUCUUACAGCAAUGAUUCAUCAAAAUAAAAAAGGGAAUGCCAUAUCGGUAGACUUAAAUCGAGUGCAAUAGGUGAUAAAAGUGGUUAUCAAGCAGUGCGCGUGGACUUAGAACCUCGGUUUUGUUUAUUUGCACUGACAGCAAGAAUAAGAAGUUGACAAUGAAGACAUCGAAUUGGGAUAAAUUUCUUCUCCUCGUGUGGAAGAAUUGGAUCAUACAGAAGCGGCAUUAUGUGCAGACGUUGUUCGAAAUAUUGAUCCCAGCCAUUUGUUGUGCCGUGCUUAUCUUGGUGCGUGGGCUCGUAGAUCCUGAGAUGUUCAAUGAGCCAUCUGUGUGGGAGCCACUACCAACGGAUACUUUAGAACAUAUACUACCUGAAGCUAAUCCAACGAUUGACCCUCCGAUACAUUUUAUGUUUGCCUAUUCACCGCAAGCAGAUUUCUUGGAUAAAAUUGUCAAUAGCGCUGUGCAACAAAUACGCGAACCUCUGACUGUGCAAGCCUUCCAGAAUGCUUUGGAAAUGGAAAACUUCCUGCGCAGCAACAACUCUUUGGUUGGGAUAGAGUUUCCCGAUAGUUAUCGAACAUUGGUCACCCUUCCGGAUAAGGUAACCUACGCGCUCCGAUUUCCAUCGGAAAUGCGUACGUUCCAGGAUGAUUUUACGGCAUUCUGGGCCAAUUGGUUCACCGAGUUGAUGUUUCCUCAGUUUCAAAUGGCUGGGGCCAGGAAUAAUGAGAGGGCAGAUGGCGGCUAUCCAGCGAAUUAUUUUAAUGAAUCAUUUAUUGCCGUUCAAAGUGCGAUAGACCGUGCCAUCAUUUUAGAACGGAAUUCAGCAACGGAGUUCACAUCGCUGUUCCUGAGGAGAUUCCCCUACCCACCGUACUACAGUGAUCCGCUUCUAACUGGUUUAGAAAAUUUGCUUCCGUUGAUCAUUGUGAUAGCGUUUUUCUACUCCGCGCUCAACAUCGUGAAAUACAUUACCGUUGAGAAGGAACGACAGCUUAAGGAAACUAUGAAGAUCAUGGGCUUGUUUAGCUGGCUGCAUUGGUCAGCUUGGUUUGUCAAGUGCAUACUUCUGUUAGCGAUAUCAUCUUCGUUGAUCACAAUUCUGCUUUGCGUUAACAUAACCACCAACAGUGAGCUGGCAAUAUUCGAGUACUCGAAUUGGUUUGUGGUUUGGGUAUAUUUGGUGGUGCUCAGUAUAACGACGAUCUGCUAUUGCUUCAUGAUGAGUACAUUUUUUUCAAAAGCAAACCUUGCAUCGGGCAUUUCUGGGCUGAUUUGGUUCAUCAUGAUCGUACCGUACAACAUAGCAUUCCCGAAUUACGACUCUUUGACGCUGGCUGUGAAGCUGGCGCUGUGUUUGGUCGCCAAUUCGGCCAUGUCGUUUGGCUUCAUGCUCAUGAUGAGACACGAAGGAACUUCCACCGGGCUCCAGUGGUCAAAUCUGUUCGAAACGGUAACCGUAGACGAUGAUCUAUCGGUCGGACAUACGAUGAUAAUGUUACUGGUGGAUGCCGCUCUGUACCUGCUGGUAGCUUUAUACAUAGAAAAAGUUUUUCCGGGAGAAUUUGGUGUCGGACAACGGUGGUAUUUUCUUUUUACUAAGAAGUUUUGGAUGGGUAAGUCAAAAAUUUGUGAUGCUCCCAUCAUGAGUGCAACCGACAACGAAAAUAUUGAGCCGGAACCAAGUGGCAAGAAGGCAGGAAUCCAGAUUCGAGAUUUGUGUAAAGUUUUUAACAAAACGAAGACUGCUGUCAAGGGAUUAAACUUGAACAUGUUUGAAGAUCAAAUAACCGUACUGUUGGGGCACAACGGAGCAGGUAAAACGACAGCGAUGUCCAUGCUAACUGGUCUGUUUCCUCCUACUUCCGGAACAGCAAUAAUCAAUGGAUAUGACAUAGGAUCAGACAUGGACGCAGUUCGAAAUUCGCUAGGAUUGUGUCCCCAGCAUAAUGUUUUGUUCGACGAAUUAACUGUAUCGGAACAUGUCGAAUUUUUUGCCCGACUGAAGGGCGUCUCCAGGAAGGACAUAAAACAUGAGAUAGAACAUUUCGUGAAAGUGCUAGAGCUGGAUGAUAAGAUUAACAUGCAAUCGCACACACUGUCGGGUGGAAUGAAACGCAAGCUAUCUGUCGGCAUUGCGCUUUGCGGUGGAUCAAAAGUUGUACUUUGCGAUGAACCAACCUCGGGAAUGGAUCCUUCCGCGCGGAGAGCACUUUGGGACUUACUGAUCAAGGAGAAGGCCGGACGUACAAUCCUACUUUCUACACACUUUAUGGACGAAGCCGACAUAUUGGGUGAUCGAAUUGCAAUUAUGGCAGAGGGCGAAUUGAAAGCUGCCGGGUCGUCAUUCUACCUAAAGAAGAAAUUUGGAGUUGGAUAUAGGUUGACUUGUGUGAAAAGUGUUAAUUGCGAUCCGCUGAACUUGGAGACUCUGUUGAAGAACUAUAUUCCGGAUAUCCACAUUGAUACAGAUAUUGGAACGGAGCUGUCAUUUAUUUUGAACGAAAAGUAUACCGAAAGCUUUCAACCAAUGUUGCAGGAUCUGGAAGAAAAUAGCGAAAGCUUGGGUGUAGGCAGCUUCGGAAUUUCAUUGACAACUAUGGAGGAAGUGUUUUUAAGAGUUGGCAGCGACGCACACGCUCUGGAUAGAAAAACUGCCAUCGGGAACAACUUUUCUGAUCAAACGGAAAUUGUAAAUACCUCAUCUUCUGUGAAACUUCACGAAGAAUAUGAUGCCCUUCUAAGCGGUCCAAAACUAGUCUAUAACCAAAUAUGGUCGAUGUUUUUAAAGAAAAUAAUAUCGACGAAACGUAGCUGGGUGCUGCAGUUGGUACAGUUGUUAAUUCCUGUAUACUUUGUAGUUGUAACCGUUAUCAUCGUGCGAUCCUUCCCGGGCAUCAGCGAAUUACCUCCUCUCCCGAUCGCGAUAACCAAUUACUCAGCCACUACUACUUUACUGGAAGCAUCCGCUUCCGGUAAUUCACUGGUCACGGGUUAUCAACGAUUGUUCGAAAGCUUUUCCCCUAUACAUCGGCUUGAAAUUUCGGAACAAAACAUGAUUGAUCGCAUUUUGUCGUUGUCGGCUGAAAACAUUGGUCGAGUAAACAGAGAAUUUAUGGUUGCCGCAUCCGUACGAGAAGAAAACCACACGGCUUGGUUCAACCCCCAGGCAUUUCACACAGCUCCGCUGGCAGUAUCAUUCUUUUACAACGCCAUAUUGAAGUCCAUCUGUGAAAAUUGCGAGAUAGCCGUCGUGAACAAACCACUACCAUAUCGCCCGAAUACUCGAUUCACGCAACUUCAGGCUGGUAACAAUCUAGGCUUUCAACUGUCGUUCAACACUGGUUUCGCUAUGUCCUUUAUUUCGGCAAUGUACAUCAUGUUCUACAUUAAAGAGCGAACCUCACGAGCCAAGCUGCUGCAGUUCGUGAGCGGGAUGAACGUUUUCAUAUUUUGGUGCGUAUCCUUCCUGUGGGAUUACUUUACCUUCGCGAUUACCGCGUUGGUUUAUCUGGGAAUACUAGCCGUUUUUCAGGAAGAAGGUUGGUCUUCUCCAGAGGAACUUGGACGCGUAUUUCUGGUCCUCUGCGUUUUUGGACUGGCCUUCCUGCCAACAAUUUACUUGUUCUCGUUCUGGUUCCAAAUUCCAUCGACGGGUUUCGUGAAAAUGAUGAUCCUGAACAUAUUCACCGGAACUAUCUUCUUUACGGCCGUCUUUCUACUACAAUUCGAUGGCUUUGAUCUGAUGGAUGUUGCCCGUGCUCUCGAGUGGGCAUUUAUGAUAUUUCCCCUGUUUGCACUGAGUGAGAGCUUGAGUAAUAUCAAUGUGCUGGCAACCACGCGACAAGUUUGUAACGAACAGUGUCAAACUAUGUCAUUUUGCACGGAGCAGUUGAUGUGCGCGCUGUUCCCGGCUUGUUGCGACACCGACAUAUUCACUUGGGAGCCUGAGGGAAUAAAUAGGCAGCUAAUGUAUAUGGGGGGAACUGGAAUCAUUGGAUUUAUUGUUCUGUUCGCAAUUGAAUACAGACUGUUCGACAGACUGUUCGGCAAGGGACACCGUCUACUAGCACAGCGGCCUCCAAUCGAUGACCCGAAUGACAUUGAUGAUGACGUUCGAGCUGAAAAAGAUAGAGUCUCUAGAAUGACCGCUGAACAAAUUUCCAGUAAAAAUUUGGUUAUGCAUGACCUGACUAAAUAUUAUAAGAGACUACUUGCUGUAAAUCAGCUGAAUGUAUCGGUUGAGAAUACUGAAUGCUUCGGUUUGCUUGGGGUAAAUGGUGCUGGAAAAACUUCAACUUUCAAAAUGUUAACCGGUGACGAAGGAAUAUCUUCCGGCGAAGCGUGGGUUAAAGGGAUCGACUUGAACACUGGGAUGAACCAAGUCUAUCGGCACAUUGGAUACUGCCCACAAUUUGAUGCGGUUCUGGAAGACCUAACUGGUCGAGAAACGCUGAAAAUAUUUGCUCUAAUGCGAGGCGUUCACGAACAGGACAUUACUGUUUGUUCGGAGAAACUAGCCGCAGAUCUAAACUUCAAGCAACAUUUGGACAAAAAAAUUAAAGAAUAUAGCGGCGGAAACAAACGAAAGCUUAGCACUGCGCUUGCCCUAUUAGGUAAUCCUUCUGUGGUAUAUUUGGACGAACCAACAACGGGAAUGGAUCCGGGAGCUAGACGUCAUUUAUGGAAUGUUCUUCUAGAGGUGAAAAAAUCAGCUAAGUCCAUCAUUCUAACCUCGCACAGUAUGGAAGAAUGUGAGGCACUCUGUACGCGGCUGGCGAUAAUGGUUAACGGAGAGUUCAAGUGCAUCGGGUCCACACAACAUCUGAAAAGCAAAUUUUCCAAGGGAUAUUUUCUGACGGUGAAAAUAAAACGAAGCAAUGUUGAAUCAGAUAAUUAUUACAAGAAAGAGCAGGUGAAAAGCUAUACGAGUCAAUGUUUCGAAGGAGCAAUCUUGAGGGAAGAUCACCAGGAUACACUAACCUACCACAUUGUCCAAUCCGACUUGAAAUGGUCAACGAUGUUCGGUUUAAUGGAAACAGCAAAACGAACGCUGGAUAUUGAAGAUUACGCGCUGGGCCAAACUUCGCUGGAACAAGUGUUCCUCUUUUUCACGAAAUAUCAGAGGCUUUCCGAUUAGAUGUCAUGGUUGAAAAGUUUUGACCGUCUCGUCAAAGAGUGCGGAAUAACUGUUUUUGACACAGUAAGAAAUAAAAUGAGAAGCUUUUAAUCUCCUCGAAAGUAUUAUUCAUUCUUUCGAAGUUAGUAUUUUUACUAGCCAAA